UCCAUGGGAAAAUUAGUGAAUGGUACUAAAAAUGAUCUUUCAAUAAUCUUAAAUUUGGGUUAUAAUCAAAGUCGGAUAAAAAAAAAAAAAAAACUCCCAAUAUUCAAUACUCAUACCCCAUAAAUACCCCCUGCCACUUCCACACCUCCACCGCAAUAAUUUACAUCUCUUAGCAAUCUAGCUACUACCAGAACUCCUCAGUCUUUUCUUCCCUUUCUCUUGCCAAAUUCUUGCAGCGUAUAGCUAUGGCCAAGGACAUUGAAGUUGGAGGCGAUGGAAGUGAGUUCCAUGCCAAGGACUACCAUGACCCUCCACCGUCACCAUUGAUAGAUGCUGAGGAGUUGACCAAGUGGUCGUUUUAUAGGGCUAUAAUUGCUGAGUUUAUAGCUACCCUCUUGUUUUUAUACAUCACUGUUUUGACUGUAAUUGGUUACAAGAGCCAAACUGACCCUGCCAAGAACGCUGAUGCCUGUGGUGGUGUUGGGAUUCUUGGCAUUGCUUGGGCCUUUGGUGGCAUGAUCUUCAUUCUUGUUUACUGCACUGCUGGCAUCUCAGGUGGGCAUAUAAACCCAGCUGUGACUUUUGGGUUGUUUUUGGCGAGGAAAGUGUCUCUGGUGCGAGCUGUAUUGUACGUGGCAGCACAGUGCCUGGGGGCCAUAUGUGGAUGUGGGCUGGUCAAGGCAUUCCAAAAGGCUUAUUAUAAUAGGUAUGGUGGUGGAGCCAAUGAGCUCGCUGAUGGUUACAGUAAAGGCACUGGAUUGGGAGCUGAGAUCAUCGGUACUUUUGUUCUUGUCUACACUGUUUUCUCUGCUACUGAUCCCAAAAGGAAUGCCAGAGACUCCCAUGUUCCUGUCUUGGCUCCACUUCCAAUUGGAUUUUCUGUGUUCAUGGUUCACUUGGCCACAAUUCCAGUCACUGGCACUGGCAUCAACCCAGCUAGGAGCUUUGGAGCUGCUGUGAUCUACAACCAGGACAAGGCAUGGGAUGACCAAUGGAUUUUCUGGGUUGGACCUUUGAUUGGUGCUGCAAUUGCUGCAUUUUACCACCAGUAUAUCUUGAGAGCAUCUGCUGCUAAAGCUCUUGGGUCAUUCAGGAGCAAUUCCAACAUAUAAUUCAGGAGAAAAACAAGCACUCUAUGCUUCUAAGAUUGAGAGUUUUAUCUGGUCCUUGAGGGUUUAGGACCUUGGAAUAUGUACAUUAAUUUUGUAUCUUUGUGUGCUUGAUGCUUGGGCACUUGCUUUUAUCUGUGCCCAAAAUGUUGCUUCCCACUCUGUUUUCUAUUGUCCUCGGUUAAUUUCCUUUCCCUUUUUGUGGCCCUUGUAGUCAUGAUGAUGUUUACAAAUUUAUGAGCAAGCCAAGUGCUUUGUUUCAUUUCA